AUGAGUUGCACAUGUCGAGCCACGCCCUUGAAAAUAUUCGUGCAGGGAUUGUCUCAAGUUCACAAACUUGAGGCUUCACCCUCAUUUGUUCGCCUUCCGAUCCGAACUCGACCGGCGCUACAACAGAACCAUUUUGCCUUUGCACGACAGGCUCGAUCUUUGCACUUUUCGAACAAACUUAAUCAAAACUCUUCCGAGGCUACUGCAAAGGAAACUGAGGCGGUGAUCGAGAAUUCUACCCAGGACAAAGAUGAGACGACUCAAGUGAAAGCAGAAUACUUCGCUCCAGUGGAGGAUACUUGGAAAGCCCAACCAAGCAACAGUGAAAAGUAUCGCAAGCGAAAAGACAACACACGAGAUACAAAAGGACGAACGACAUACAACCGCGGAGAAAAAGAGCCUAAUGCUACAGGCACGUGGGAUAAAGCGGCCGAAUUCAAGAAACCUCGCAUCAAAGGCCCUUCCUCAAAUCAACCGCAGUCUGGUGCAGCCUAUUGGAAAGCCCAAAAAGCAGCUCUGAAAGAAAAGUUCCCCGAAGGAUGGAGACCCAAAAAGCGUCUCUCCCCCGACGCUUUAGCCGGCAUCCGAGCCCUCAAUGCUCAAUUUCCCGAAGUCUACACGACCCAGGCCCUUGCUGAGAAGUUCCAAAUGGAUCCAGAAGCUAUUCGCCGAAUCUUGAAGAGCAAGUGGGUGCCCAACGCUGUGGAAGAGGAGGACCGACAAGAGCGCUGGUUCCGUCGCGGAAAGAGUGUUUGGGAGACGCGGGCUGCGAUGGGUAUCAAACCUCCGCAGAAGUGGCGACAAGAGGGUAUCGCACGAGAUCCUAGUUAUCAUGAUUGGAAGCAGGAGGCGGUUGAGAGGAAUAGAACUCGGGCCCAGAAGGACGAUUGGGAGAUUGAGCGUUCUUAUAGACCCCGGCCUAAGCGCAACUCUGAUUCUGAACGUCCUUCUCAGCGUCCGUCUAAACCGUGGAUACAACGAGGAGGGCAACAGGGCACGCGACCCAAGCCCAACUAUGGUCCUAGACCCAAGGGUUCUUCUGGACCUCAAUCUGGAAGAGGAGAUUCAUGA